GGGGGGGGGGGGGAUAUUUUCACUUCUCCUUUUAGUAGAAAUGAAUAAAUACUCGAUCGGCUUCUGUUUCUUGAAGAGUCUCCAACAUGGACAAGCUCAUCUCUCUCUUUGUUUUUUCAGCACUCUCACAGAUUGUAGUGUCUCAUGUUCACACUGAGGCAUCUUUCAGAGCCAACAUUGAGUUGGUGUCAGAACAUUCGAGGAUCUUCUCGGGGGAGAGAGCCCGCCUGAGAUGCAGUAUUCCUGAUGUGCACAGGUCUAACUGGACUUACCUGUGGUUCAGGGGGUCUGAGGAGCUCUCACAGACUGGGGAGGAAUUAAAUCUGUGGAAUACCAAAGUUCAAGACAGCGGGAAAUACUACUGCCAAGGAACAAGAAAUACAAAGGUGGGAAAGAUUCGCACCCAGCAAAGUGUCCCUGUGGAGCUCAAGGUGGACGGUGGCUGGGCGAUUCUGCAAGUCCCACGACAUCCUCAACUUGUUGGGAGCACAUUGGAGGUGACAUGUCGUGUCAGAGAGAACCCCCGACUUGAAGAGAUUAUUUUGUACAAAGACGGCGUUGAAGUAAUGAGGCAAAAUGGUCACAAGCCAGAUUUCUACCUGAACAACUUGAGCCUUGAGGACCUAGGAGUAUAUUCUUGCAGGGCUUCUUGGGAUGUGAGUGGACGAACACACUCGGUCACUUCUGCUGGCACUCAUGUACAGAUCUUAGAGGUUCUGUCACAGCCAAUUUUGGAGAUCAUCCCCAACUAUGAUACUAAGCUGAAGAGGAUGAAGCUCACUUGCCAUGUGCAAUACAACGCCCCUGCUCCUGCCCCUCCGAUAGACUUCUAUUUCUACAAAAAUAACAGGCGACUGGGACCUGCAACCACUGACAACUAUAAUGUAGUGAAACAGACUCCGGGGCUGUACAGCUGCAAGGCCAGGGUGCCUCAGUUGGACCUCUCGAAAUCCAGUGAACCCAAAAACUUUGGACUAAGAGUUGCACAGCCUCAGAGGCCAUCUCAUCUCUGACCCAACGGAACCUGAGAAGAUGCCACCUGUUCAUCCUGGACUCCAAAGGCCAGUAUUUCACCGUGCUUCAGCCACAGACGACUUCCCACCUGCUGCUGCUUCAUUACCAACCUAACAUGUCUGGGGACACAGAAGAUGUUACACACUGAAGAAAAACAAUGGUUCACAGUGAACCAUCAGUUCUGUGUUACUGACAGCUUCCAUUACAAUAGCUGGCCUGCGUUGCUUUUGGUAAGGGGUUAUGUGUCAUAGCCCUGUAAUCAGCCCUUAGUAAACAUAGUAACUGAUAGGCAAUAAACCAGUAAACAUACACAACAUAUGAUGUACUGGCUGGUUUACCAAAACAUUUCUUAUUACUUUCACUGAAACCAGCUAAUUGUCUUCUAUCAUAUUUCUGAUGAAACAACACAGUUACAGGCUAAUGCAGGAGAGAAACAUCAUUUAGCUAGCGCACCCACGUUAUUAGCGUUACCCAAGGAUAACCUGAAUUAACUCCCCUUAUUUGGUCACGUUACUUUAAAUAAGUAUCAAUUUUAUAUAAAUCUAUAUACUGCUCGUCUACCGCUCUCACCUGAAACGCAGCAAAACAGCAGUUCUGUGUUACUGACGGUGCUACUAUUAUAAGGGAUUACUUUGUCACUCAUUUGUCUGAGCCGCCACUGCCACCUACUGGCGAAACUAAAUAUGGCCUUAGCAUCAAAUCAGUUGAGAGCAAAUGAGCUUUUCACUCUGUGCUAUGAUGUCAACUAUUGUCACAACAAAAGCAAAAAAAAAAGUGAUUCGGGGGGGCACAUUAAAAGAAGUUCAUCAAAUUCUGAGACUUUUUUUAACACUUAAAAUACUCAGGGUGCCACACAGCCUCUCUAUGACAACGUAGCAUACAUUACAAACCAUAUCCCUCUACUAAUCACGCUGGGUCAUUGUAACAGUUCUGUAUUGACCUGAGCAAUUUUCAUCUUUUUGAACUAUUUCCAGUUAACAAACAUCAAACGCUGUACCAGAAUUGUUGGAAAUAUCUAACACAUACAUGUUAAAAUCAAAUAAAGUAUUUCACAAAAUGUUA